AUCAAUAGACGUAGUAAAAUUUCCCUAUCUCGUCCUGUACGUGUCCCAUUCCUCGUCUCACCGCGCUCCACCUCUGACUCACUCGCGCCCUGCUCAGUAGCUCUCUCAGUGCCGAACGAGAUGGUAGUGGCCUGAUUUCCUUCCUGCCUUUACCGAGCAGCAGUGAAGGACACACCUCGCCAUGGACCUGAGCAAGGGCUUCCCACAGACAGUUGGCCAAGGCUCUCAGUCACAGAAAUACCGGGGGAAGUGGCAGAGGCUACAGGGGGUUCAGGGGUGGCAGAGGCAGGGGCAGGGGCAGGGGGGCGCAGGGCUGGCUCAAUGGCCAGGGAAACAGUCGAGGUGCCCUCAGCUUGGAAUCCCUGGAUGGGCAGAGAUUGAAUUUUGGUGACAGGGACAACUGGAGACAGAAUCCUGGUGAUAGAGACAGGUGGAGACAAAACUCAAGAGACAGAGAUAGACAAGCGCAGAACUCUUGUGACUGGGGUACAAGAAGACAAGAAGCACGAGGUGCUGCAAGGGGCAAUGUGGCACACCAUGACAGACCCCCUCCUCAAGGUGAUGAGCAGGACCUAUCCAGGAACAGGAAGCAGAGGAAGUACCCAAUAAGCUUGAAAGACCUGGACAGACUGGCAACACUGCAGCCUGAUGUAGUGGUUCUUGAGCUGCUGAAUGAAAAGUCUGGGUUUUUUGUGUUGACUGUAUUAAGCGACAUAAGGCCAAGACAGCUAGAUAUGGCAUUGAAGGUGCUGACACUAGCCAUCUCCUCCCAGGCUCUGAUGGACAGUGUGUAUGAGCUCCUCAACAGGACAUUUUCGGACGCCUUCCUGGCAACGCUAAUGAACUAUUCCCUUACACUGAAGCGAGAGUUUCCGGAGAAGAGCCCCAUCUUCUUUGCUCACCUGCACACCAUUCUGGAAACUUUCUGCAAUGGAAUGAUUAAUACUGCCAUUCACCGCCUGAUAAACCUGGUGGAUAGCUGCCACUCCAUCCUGACAGCCUUGCAGGUGGAGGGACAUGUGGAGGAGUACUUACUGAACAAGUACAAGGCCCUACUGGACAGGCUCAAUGAGGCAACAAAGAAGUGGCAGCAGGAGAAGGAUAUGAACAAGCGGGACAUCCGGCAGAGGAGGGAGGCCGAGAUGGACAACUUGGAGCCACCUGAUGACUUCCGGGAAAUCUCUGUCCUCCCGACCCCACUGGACAUCGUAGACACCAAGGGCCCCUUCCUGCGGCGCAACGUGGUGAAGGGACACUACACGGAUGGGCAGCACUACCUGGACGUGCAGUUCCGGCUGCUGCGGGAGGACUUUGUGCGGCCACUGAGGGAGGGCAUCAACCAGUUCAGGAGCAAGGCUAGGGCCAGCACCAUGGACAUCAGGGUCUACCGGAAUGUCACCUACAUUGGCUCCAGGUUAGAACGGCAGAGGCUCUUUCAUGAGGUUCGCAUUGGUUCUUUGAGGUCUGCCAGGCUGGAGAACUCCCGGCGCCUCAUGUACGGCAACCUGGUGUGCUUCAGCAGUGACAACUUUGCCUCCAUGAUCCUGGGCUCUGUGGCAGACCGGAGCGCUGACCGCCUCAAGGAUGGCAUCAUUGGUGUAGAGUUUGAAUCUGACAUCAGAGAACAUGACAUGUCCCGUUCAUUUGUGAUGGUAGAGUCUCGGGCAUACUUCAUGGCCUACAAACAUGUGCUGCAGGCCCUGAAGGAGAUGCCCAAUAACCUUCCCAUGGAGAUGUAUGUGGUGCAGGUAGAGGCACACAUUGACCCUCCCCAGUAUUUGAACCUGGAGGGUGGGGAGGUGUACGACCUGAGGGUCAUGAAGAACAAAGACCCUCAUGAAGGUUCUGAGGCCAUGAACAAGUUCUUCAGGUGUGAGGAAGUUGAGGAGGAGGCAGAGGAGGAGAUGAGUAAUGAAGAGAUGCGUCUGCAGCGAGUGGUGAUCACGGACGAUCUGGCCUUUUGGCCCUCAGCGAGCACCCUGGGCCUGGACAGCUCCCAGCACAGGGCCCUGCACGGUGCCCUCAACCGGGAGCUGGCCAUCAUCCAGGGACCGCCCGGCACCGGCAAGACCUUCAUUGGCCUGAAGAUCGUGCAGGCCUUGCUGCACAACAGCCAGGUGUGGAAGAACGAGAAGAACCCCACUCCCAUCCUGGUGGUGUGCUUCACCAACCAUGCCCUGGACCAGUUCCUGGAGGGCAUGACCUCCUUCACCAACAGCAUUGUGAGGGUGGGCUCCAGGACCAAGAGUGAGAACAUUGGCAGGUUCCAGAUCAACCAGCUGGUGAAGGAGUGUGGUGCAGGCUCGCUCCAUGCCACACAGGCAUUCACUCCCAGAAAGUGGACAUCACCACUGACCUGCGUCGCCUGGAGGAGGCCAUCUCCCUGUGCCGCCAGAUUGACCGUGAGUGUGAGGCUCCGAAGGGAAUCUUCAGCCUGGAUAUGUUUGAGGAAAAUGAUCAUUCCAGCCCACAUCUACCAUCAGCUCAUGGUUAUCCAGAACAAUGAAAAAUUGAUGCACUGGUUAUCUCUGAAUUAUUGGCCCAGAAGUACUGUGGCAGCAGGCAAGCAGGCCAGCAUGCCCACAGCCAAGGUCAAGGAAAACUCACCACAGCAGGCAGGAGUUGAACUGGAGAAUGAUAUGGACAAAGAUGAGAGGAAGGAUAAUGAAGAAUUCAUUGAGCUGGAGGAGAGGGACAGGAUGAUUGACGACGACUGGGAAGAUCUUCAGGCCAGCGCCAGGAUAAAUCCGGUGGAGUAUGAAGUAACAAUAGAGAAACUGGAACGUGAAGUGAACUACCUCAUGUCAAAUAGGGAAGACGAACAGGCCUACCUGGAAGUCAUCAUCCGCAGUGGCUUAGUGGAGGCCAUCAAAUAUGGCUUAGCCGUACCGGUGGACAGACGGGAGGUGGAGGCCCUGCAGGCUCAGACUAAACUUGACAUAUGGAAACUCGAGCCACAGAAGAAGUGGCAGCUGUACAACCACUGGGUGGCCCAGCUCCAGAGAAAGGUUAAGCCCAUAUGGCAGCACAAGAGUGCAGAGUUCCAGAGGAGAGUGAAGACCUUGGAAGGGAUGAAGAAUGCUGAGUACCUGUACGCCAUGAGGAGGGCAGCAGUGGUUGGCAUGACCACCACGGGUGCCGCACAGUACAACAGGAUCCUGCAGGACCUUGCACCAGCCAUUGUUGUGAUUGAGGAAGCUGCGGAGAUCCUGGAGUCCCACGUCAUCUCGUCCCUCACAGCAGACUGCAAGCACCUCAUCAUGAUAGGGGACCACCAGCAGCUGCAGCCGAGUGCCACAGUGUAUGAGCUGGCCACCAAGUAUGGCCUGGAGACCUCACUCUUUGAACGCCUCAUUAAGAAUGGUUUAGCGUAUGAAACACUGGAGUAUCAACACCGCAUGCACCCAUCCAUCUCAAAACUCCUGGUGCCUUCCAUCUAUCCCUCCCUGAAGGACCAUCCCUCUGUAACUAAGUACCCAAGAGUGCUUGGCCUCAUCCACAAUGUGUUCUUUAUUGCACACAACCAGAUGGAACGGCAGGAGUCUGACGACAACAACAGCCACGAGAACCAGCAUGAGGCAGAGCUGCUGAUUGGUCUGUGCCGCCACCUGGUGCUGCAAGAUUAUGACCCUGCCGACAUCACCAUCCUCACCGCGUACUCUGGCCAGUUCUUCCUGCUGCGACAGCUGCAGCGGCAGAACCCAGUGUGCAGCGGAGUGCGGGUGUGUGUGGUGGAUAACUACCAGGGGGAAGAGAACAAGAUCAUCCUGCUGUCCCUGGUGAGGAGCAACCCUGACGGCAAGGUGGGCUUCCUGCGCACUGACAACCGGGUGUGUGUGGCGCUGUCCCGUGCCAAGCAUGGCCUUUACAUCACCGGCAACAUGGACCUGCUCAGCCAGUCCAGCGCCCUGUGGAAAAAGGUGAAGGCAGACCUGGACGAGAGUGGCAGCAUUGGGGAGGCCCUGCCGCUGCAGUGUGAGAACCACCCACACCAGGUCACCUUCGUGUCUUCCGGCCAAGACUUCCUGGCCAGGAGUCCCGAGGGAGGCUGCCUGCUGGUGUGCGACAGGCCACUGCCAAACUGUCGCCACUCAUGUCCCCAGGUGUGCCACAUGGGUGACCGUGACCACCUGGAGUACAAGUGCCGGGUACCAUGCCCCAAGGUGCUAUGCAACCUGGACCACAAGUGCCCCAAGCAGUGCUGGGAGGAUUGUGGACCCUGCAUGGUCAUCCUGACCAAGGACCUUCCCUGUGGCCACACCCACAAUAUUCCCUGUCACGUGUCCCCCACCUCCUACCAGUGCCCCACACAGGUGGAAAAGGUGAUCCCUGCCUGCCAGCACCAAGUCACCAUGCCCUGCCACCAGGACCCUGCCCAGUUCUCGUGCCCUGAAGAUUGUGACACGCGGGUGGACUGCGGCCACAAGUGCAGCAAGAAAUGCCACCGCACCAAGGACCCAGACCACCAGCAAUACCUGUGCAUGGAGCCAUGCACCAUGAUCAAUGCAGGCUGCUCCCAGAAGCACCCAUGCCUCAAGAAAUGUUACCAGGAGUGUGGCUCCUGUGUGGAGAAGGUGGAGAAGAAACUUCCCUGCAGACACGUGGCCAAGGACGUGGAGUGUUCCCAGCCUGUUGAGGAAAUCAAAUGUAACCAGAAGUGCCAGAAGACCCUGCCUUGUGGCCAUCGCUGUGGUAGGCUGUGCUACAGGGAGUGUGGGGGCUGUGAGGUGCUGGUGAGGAAGGAGGUCCCUACCUGUGGGCACACCAUUCAUAUUGCGUGCAACAAGCCGGCCACUUCAGAGCAGUGUGAUGGUGCGUGUCCCAAGACGCUGGUGUGUGGCCAUGCAUGCCGGAAGACGUGCAAGCAAAAAUGUACCACCAACUGUCGCGAGCUGGUGACAACUAACAACCGGUGUCCCAAGAACCACGUGAUCCAGCUGCCGUGUCACUUGAGCUCCAGAGUGCAGGGCGAGGCAGCUUGGGAGUACUGCAGUGAGCCCUGCGGCAAGACCCUGGACUGUGGGCACACGUGUGUGGGGACAUGUGGCCAGUGUCUCCACGGCCGCCUGCACCAAGCCUGCAAUGAGCGGUGUGACAGAGCUCUCGUCUGUGGCCACAUUUGUAAGUACCCAUGUGGCAAGUCCUGUCCACCAUGCCAGGAGGAGUGUAGCUGGAAGUGUAGCCACAGCAAGUGUCGCAAGAAGUGUGGGGUGCCUUGCAAUCCCUGCCUGGAGAAGUGUGAGUGGGGAUGCAAGCAUAUUAGAUGCGGCAAGAAAUGUGGAGAGGAGUGUGGGAGGAAGCCAUGUGACCAGCCAUGUACCAAGAAGCUGAAUUGCGGCCAUGAUUGUGUGGGGUUCUGUGGUGACCCAUGUCCGCCCCUGUGCCGAGAGUGUGACCUGCAGGAGCUGACCGAGUUCUUCCUGCUGGGGAAUGAGGAUAACCCUGAAGCACGGUUUGUGUGGCUGGAGGAUUGUGGCCACUGUAUUGAGGCAGAGGGACUGGAGAUGUGGCUGAUGCAGGACAACGGAGAAGUGGGCAUGAAGGCUUGUCCCAGAUGCAGAAAAGCCAUCUACAACAACAAGCGACACCAACAUCUUAUCCUGCAGGCAUACGAGGGAGUGCAGGCCAUCAAGAAGAAGUACUACAGCAUUCACAGUACCAUCAAAGUGAAGAGCGUUGAGCUCAUACUGCAGGAUCCAGAAGUGAUUGAUAAAUAUGAAUCUCAAGUGCUUAAAAUCCUGAGAAAGAUGGGAAACAAAGCAAAGAAACGAAAUCCAUUUGAGAAGCUGAGUGAGGAUGAGAAGCGUCUGUGUCACUUCCAGGCACAGGUGUUGAAGAAGGCCACUAGCAUCGCUAAGCAGGCACACAGCGGCAUGUCCGGCCCUGCACACAAGCUGCAGGCGGUUUGGGCCAAGGUUGAUGCCUUGGUGGCACAGGUGAUGGAGAAGACCACCACCAUCUCGGACCAGAUGAAAGAGGAGGUGACCUGUGAGCUGCAGCGCCUGGCCAUCCUGCCUGCCUACUGCAUCUUCCUUGAGAAGUGGGCCUCCUGCCACAAUCUAAACAUGGUGAGACUGAAGGCUGAGCUGGAGAAGUUGAUGGACCCCAUGCAGAAGUACGAUGAGCAGCGGGACAGUAAGGUGCGGGCACGGCUGAAAGAGAGUGAGCAGUACAUUGGCGGCCUUGGCAUCAGUGACGAAGAAAGGCUGAUGAUACUGUCAGCCAUGAACCUCCGCAAUGGACACUGGUACAAGUGCCCCAAUGGACACGUGUACUGCAUCACUGAGUGUGGGGGUGCCGUGCAAGAGAGCACCUGCCCGGAUUGUGGGAGCAGAAUUGGCGGUGCGAAUCACGGCCUGAGGAGUGACAAUGCAGUGGCCAUGGAAAUGGAUGGAGCCAGGCACCCUGCAUGGUCAGAGCAAAACAACAUGGCCAAUUUUAUCCUUGAUGAUUAACUUUACAUCAGCAAGAAGCCCAGUCAGUCCCAUAAGAAUCCCCAGGCCAGGGUUGUCUUGUUCUUGUCUUGGGAUGCCUUCUUCGGUCAUUCCUUGUCUUGUCUUAAUUACUUUUUACUUUUGUGGAAGUCACUGGGGUUCUCAAGAGAGGGUUUUCCUGGUUUUAGUGUCAGUAAGUCAUUUUAGGAACCCUGGCCAGGCUUUAUUCUUGUGGAAGUUACUGGAGUUCUCAAAGAGAGUUUUCCUGGUUCUAGUGACAGUCAGCACCCUGAGGAGUCCCAUUUGGGGUGCAUUCUAGAAUGAUUCAAGGCCUUAUCUUAACUACUUAUUCUAGUGGGAGUGGAGGAAGAUGAGAAGGAUGUACAUAUGGAAGAAGUUGCCUAUCACUGCAAGAAGAGGAAGUUAGAGGUAGUUAUAGGGUAGAUAAAGAACAGAGGUAAGCUAACCUGAUGUAAUCUUUUGCACCAACAUUUGUAUCAGUAACCAUAGAAAGUUUUACUAAGAUAAAACUUCAUUGCUCUCAGUGGUGUCUGAGGAUUAUCUAAGCUUGUGCCAGCCUGUUUUAUUAAGCUUAGGACAGUGUGUGGCAUUCAGAGGGAGAAGUGAGGAGAAUUGAAAGUCAUAUGUUAUUGGAUGUGUAGAUUAUUAAUUUUUAUCUUAUUCUUGUUUACAUUUUUAACUUAAUAUUGUGGAUUUUUCUUUAUUUUAUAUAUUUAUUUGUUUUUUAUUUAUUUAUUUUUGCAGAUUGCUUUAAUUUGACCUUGUCCAUUGUUCUGUUAGUGUGAAGGAUUUUAUUUUAUUAUUUUUUUUUUCCAUCGUAAGCUUUAUUGUAAGUCUGGGAGUAUUACAGAUAUUUGGCAUUUGGUACGGUUUAUUAGUUAAAAGUUAACUGUAUUUCAUAACUAUCAUCUUUCAGUAUCAAGUCUGUUUAUGUAUUUAUUAAAAACUUAGAAUUUACUCUAGUGCAGUGGUUCUCAAACUUUUUUGGCUGCGACCCCCUACAAAUUACUCCGACAGAGUGGCGACCCACUACCCCAACAACGAAUUUCUGUCAAUCCCUAUGAGGCAUUUCGUUGUCUCCGUGUAUCUGCUUGCCUUUCUAUGUAUGUAUGUAUGUAUGUAUGUAUGUAUGUAUGUAUGUAUGUAUGUAUGUAUGUAUGUAUGUAUGUAUGUACUUACACACUCUCUCUCUCUCUCUCUCUCUCUCUCUCUCUCUCUCUCUCUCUCUCUCUCUCUCUCUCUCUCUCUCUCUCUCUCUCUCUCUCUCUCUCUCUCUCUCUCUCUCUCUCUCUCUCUCUCUCUCUCAAGGCUGAACAACUUACCAUUACUAAUGGGAAGGAUGGACUUGCUUCUUGGAGCACAGAGUCUCUAGUCUUGGGGCGAUGCUUGAAACCGCAACACGAUCAUCCUCGACACGAAGUCGUGAUCGGUACUUGUUUUUUUAUGUAUGUUAGUGCAGAAAAUGUAACUUCACAAAGGUAGGUCGAUGCGAAAGGCGUCGAUACAUUCAUUGCGGUCUUGGAUAAUCCUGGGUAUUCUGCAACUGAUAUCCAAAACUUGUCUAGUGUUGUCGACUCGAACUUCAUCCGUAAGGUUCGAUCACUCGAAAGUUCAAGCAGUGGAUCCUCCAAAUCUGAUGGUGACUCCCGUUAGCAGAGAACGGCUGUCGUAUCCAGUAAUGUUGUAGAGUUGUCUCUUCCUUGAAGUACUUUGCAAAGUGGUCAAAGAGGCUUCGAAGGUGAGUGGCAAUGGCUCCUCUCGUGUUAUCCAAACCUUGUAAUUCAUUCUCUUCAACGAAUUCUUCCAGCAAGGGAAACAUUUCAACAUUUCCCUUCAUAUCUCACAGCCCAUCGUUCCAGCUUCUUUUUGAAAGCAUUUUGUCAUACAUUGUCAAAAUGUUUGUAUUUGGGCCUUGUAUUGACAAGUUCAGCUCGUUUAGUUUUCAUAUAUGCUUGCAAGAUGUGCAAGCCUUGCUAGCCACAUGGAGUCACACAAAUGAACACCGAGUAUGGAGUCACAUUCAAGUAGAGAGGCGAACUUCAUCCCUCAUCUGAUACAGGCGUGUGAGAACUUUGCCUCGGGAGAGCCACCUGACCUCUGUGUGGAGCAAUAAAGCCUCAUAGUCCGAACCCAUGUCCUUACAAAGUAUGGCAGACAAUCUGGCGUUCAGUGGCCGUGACUAUGAAAUUGACUAUUUUAACUGCAGUUUCAAGAACACAGUUUAGCUCUGGAACAAGAGCCUUACUGGCAAGAGCUUCCCGAUUAAUAAUACAAUGAGUGAAAUUCACAUUAGGAGCCACCUGCAAGAUUUUUCCUCUUAAUCCUUUCUUUUUACCCAGCAUUGCUCCAGCCCCGUCUGUGCACACACCAACACACUGGUCCCACGGCAAUCCCAUCUCACGUAGCUUGCUAACUCUGAAAAUAGCAUACCCCUGUGCAUGUUCCUUCUAAAGUAGAGCAAAACAGCAUGUCUUCAUGAAGUUUUCCAUCAAAACUAUCUUAUGAAUACAAGUAAUUGAGCAGAAUUUGAGAUGCCCGUCGCCUCAUCAACCUGCAAAGCAUACCUCACAUUCUUCACUCUUAAUCAGUUGACACCGAAUAUCAUCUGCAAUGUCAUGAAUACGCCGCCUUACGGUGUCGUUUGAUAGGGAUGGUGUCAAGGUCACGGGCCGCUUUUUCUCCGUGGAUAGCUCGACACAUUGCCACUGCAGCAGGCUUUAUGUCUUCACCAAUUGUGUGUGCCUCUUUCCUCUGUGCAAUUUGGUAUGCAAUCGCAUAUGAUGCCGUCUGAGCUUUGGCAGGAGUUGUAGUUCUCUGUGUUAUCACCUGCUUUUGCCCCUUGUAAAUCCUUUUCCUUUCGCUGGAAAAAGUCUACUGUUUUUUUUUUUUUUAGCAUGAUCUGGAUGCUUGGUUUGCAAGUGUCUUUUCAUUUUUGCUGGUUUCAAGCUUUCGUGAGCAAGAACCUCAAAACAACACACUGAGGAUGAUGAAUAUCAUUAACUGUACAACAAGUAAAUCCAUAUUGUGUGAAUUCUUCCUGAUAUUUUCGGCGCUUGGAUGGUCGAUCACACUGGUAUGAUCUUGCGUUUUGACAGUCAUGGUCUUUAUUCCCACUUGACGUGCUUGGCUGCUCAGAAUUAGCAUCACCAGAUGCUUCAGUGAUGUCUGUUGUCUCCUUGCUUGUAGAUCUACGAAUUAGCCACCUUUCCAUGGUUCAGGCUAAAGAUUACGAUGUCACGAGAGUAGAGUUACACGAGCCUUACGAAACCGAUACUGACUGCCUCCUCACAAAAUACACGUCUCUACCGAGUGUCUGUGUCAACUCUAACUACACGAAUAAUUCUAAAACAAAGCGUUCUGGAGUGAGGGCACGCAUUACAAAGCGGUAACAAUUAUAUUAGUAAGGUGUACUUAAUAUAGCAAAGAAAACAUGCAUGCAUAAGAAAGCAUGCACACAUAACGUAGCUGUAUUAUGUUUUAUCGAACAUCGGGCACAUCGACCACUACUGACAAGUACUAGACUCGUUAGGAUGGGUAGUGGGAGGAAGAGAAGGAGGAGGAGGCGUUGCACUAUCUCGAUCGCGACCCCCAUAAAUUAUUUCGCGACCCCCCCUGGGGGUCGGGACCCCCACUUUGAGAACCCCUGCUCUAGUGUACCAAAUUAAUUCUUGUGAUAAUGUGUGCAUCAGGAAUAUAUAAUUAUCAACACUAUAUUAUUUUACAUGUGCACUUGUGUGUGUGUGUGUGUUAAUAAAUAAAAUUGAUUGUCAGUU